UUUUUAAUUCCGAAGAAUUGUUUUUCAAUUAUAUGAUUUACAGUUCAAAAAUUAUUAAAUGUAUAUGAUUUUAUUGUAAAUUUAAAUGCCGUGUAAUGCUGUUUGUACCUUACUACUGACGUAUUUAGUCUGUAUACUUUGAAGUUAUCUGCAAAACAGAGAGGUAUUAUUGAUAAAAUAUAAGAGCAUUACUGGAAGACUGGACGAAUAUGUUAUUAUAUUUAUGAAAAAAAAGAAAUAAAUCUAAAUUAAGGAAAAUGGAAGAAUUUCAGUAUGUGCUACAAAAACAGGAAAAGCAUAAAAUAUGUUUUGGAUCAGGAUGUCCUCGUGAUACUUCAAAAAAGGGCAUGAAUGCAUUUAUGAAAUGUUAUACAUUAGAAGAUCAUCCAAAUGUAGCACCAAAUUUGUAUAAUGUUUUGCAUUCAUUUAAAGCAGUUAAGACUAAGCCCUGUUCUCAUAGCAUUAGUAGAAAGGGUUACAGUGGUAUUGCCAGAUUUGAUAACAAAAUUAUGCUCAAAGAUACUAAUCCAUCACCACUUGAUUACAAUAUUUUUAGGUUUCCUAAACAAGUGACCAAAUCAAAAUAUCCAUUUAACUCUAGCAGUAAAAGGCAAAGAAUAUUCGGCAGUUCAGUCCCAGGGCCAGGAAUGUAUGUUAGCAUUAAAGAACAAGAUAAUAAAUUUGAACACAGUUUUGGCGGUAAAACGAAAAUGAAACUUGGUGUAGAUUUAAAAUGUUGUAGUAAAAACACAGAUAUUUGUAAAGUAUGCAACAAAAAAUUACUAGGCGAUUAUUGGCAUUUGAAAAAUAAAAUAUUUUUAUGUAAAUUAUGUAUGAAUAAAGAGUACGAAAGACAAACAAAAUACAAGAGAAAAGAACUAAAACAAUUUCGCAAAAUACGAGAUUGUUCAAAUAUACAUCGACAUGAAAAUACAACUGCAAAAAUAUGGUUGAUGCAUCCUACAGUUAUUGCGAAGUGGAUACGUAGAGAGGCCUACCUUUCUACUUAUUUAAAAGGAUAAAAAUAUAGCAUGGUGUUUAACAGCAUAG